GUUUUAUCGUUACCCUAAUCUCAUGGCUUCUUCCUCUUCUUCUGCGAGUCGUACUUGGAGAUAUCGUGUCUUCACGAGCUUCCACGGAUCAGACGUCCGUACAAGCUUUCUAAGUCAUUUUCGCAAACAGUUUAACAACAAUGGGAUUACAAUGUUCGAUGAUCAAAGAAUCUUGAGAGGCGAAACCAUCAGCCCUGCGCUCACUCAAGCGAUUAGAGAAUCGAGGAUCUCUAUUGUAUUGCUCUCGAAGAACUAUGCUUCUUCCGGGUGGUGUUUGGAUGAGUUGUUGGAGAUUUUGAAGUGCAAGGAUGAUAUGGGUCAAAUAGUGAUGACUGUCUUCUAUGGAGUAGAUCCAUCUGAUGUGCGGAAACAAACUGGAGAGUUCGGGAUCGCUUUCAAUGAAACAUGUGCUUGUAGAACAGAGGAGGAGAGGCAAAAAUGGAGCCAAGCUUUGAACUAUGUGGGCAACAUAGCUGGCGAACACUUGCUAAACUGGGACAAUGAAGCGAAAAUGAUUGAGAAAAUUGCAAGAGAUGUUUCAGAAAAACUGAAUGUUACACCAUGUAGGGAUUUUGAUGGCAUGGUGGGGAUUGAGGCUCAUUUGAGGAAAAUUCAGUCUUUGCUAGAUUUAGAUAAUGAUGAAGUUAAGAUGGUUGCAAUCUCUGGUCCUGCAGGCAUUGGUAAAAGUACCAUUGGCAGAGCUUUACAUAGUCUACUCUCUAAUAGGUUUCAUCAUACUUGUUUUGUGGAUAACCUGAGGGGAAGCCAUCCCAUUGGUCUUGAUGAGUAUGGUUUGAAGUUGCGCUUACAAGAACAACUUCUUUCAAAGAUUUUGAACCAAGAUGGUUCGAGGAUAUGCCAUUUAGGUGCAAUAAAAGAGAGGCUAUGCGACAUGAAAGUGUUUAUCAUUCUUGAUGAUGUGAAUGAUGUCAAGCAAUUAGAGGCUUUAGCUAAUGAAAGUAAUUGGUUUGGUCCUGGAAGUAGGAUUAUUGUGACAACCGAAAACAAAGAGCUUUUGAAGCAACAUGGUAUCAACAAUACCUACUAUGUAGGAUUUCCUUCUGAUGAAGAAGCUAUCAAGAUCUUAUGUAGAUAUGCUUUUAGACAGAGCUCUUCACGUCAUGGUUUUAAAAAGCUUACAAGAAGUGUAACAGAGCUUUGUGGUAAGCUCCCGUUGGGUCUACGUGUGGUGGGUUCAUCUUUACAUGGGAAGAAUGAGGAAGAAUGGGAAUAUGUAAUACGGAGGCUAGAAACUAUCAUUGAUCGAGAUAUCGAACAAGUACUAAGAGUCGGUUAUGAGAGUUUACAUGAGAAUGAACAAUCAUUAUUUCUCCACAUUGCAAUCUUCUUCAACUAUGAAGAUGGUGAUCUUGUGAAAGCCAUGCUCGCUGAAAAUGACUUGGAUAUCGAACACGAGUUGAAUAUCCUAGUAAACAAAUCUCUCAUAUAUAUAUCUACGGAUGGGAGAAUACGAAUGCACAAGUUACUUCAACUAGUGGGUAGACAAGCCAAUCAAAGAGAAGAGCCUUGGAAACGUCGGAUCUUAAUUGAUGCUCAAGAAAUCUGUCAUGUCCUUGAAAAUGAUAUAGGUACCGGAGCUGUGUCUGGCAUAUUAUUUGAUACAUCAGGAAUUAAUGAAGUGAGUAUAAGCAAUAAAGCUCUUAGAAGAAUGUGCAAUCUUAGAUUCCUAAGUGUUUACAAGACAAAACAUGAUGGGUAUAAUAGAAUGGAUAUACCAGAGGACAUGGAGUUUCCACCUCGCCUAAGGUUACUCCAUUGGGAUGCAUACCCAAGCAAGUGUCUUCCUCUUAAAUUUCGGGCGGAAAAUCUAGUCGAACUCGAUAUGAAAGAUAGCCGGCUCGAGUACCUCUGGCCAGGAACUCAGCUGCUGACGAAACUCAAGAAGCUAAAUUUGGAAGGUUCAUAUAAUUUGAAGGAACUCCCAGAUCUUUCAAAUGCUACAAAUUUGGAGAUGUUAGAUCUGAGUGUUUGCCUUGCUUUGGCAGAGCUUCCAUCUUCUAUCAAGAAUCUUCAUAAACUAGAUGUGAUAUAUAUGGAUCUCUGCGAAAGUCUUCAUAUGAUACCAACUAACAUCAACUUGGCGUCUCUUGAGACUAUGUACAUGACUGGAUGCCCACAGUUGAAAACUUUUCCAGCAUUUUCUACAAAAAUUAAGAGGCUUUAUCUAGUCAGAACAGGGGUAGAAGAAGUGCCUGCAUCAAUUACGCAUUGCUCUCGACUUUUGAAAAUUGAUUUAAGUGGCAGUCGAAAUCUCAAGAGCAUAACACAUCUACCCUCGAGUCUACAAACACUAGAUCUCAGCUCUACUGAUAUUGAGAUGAUUGCAGAUAGUUGUAUCAAAGAUUUACAGAGGUUAGACCACCUUCGUCUAUGUCGCUGCAGAAAACUUAAAUCAUUGCCAGAGCUUCCUGCAUCUCUUAGACUCCUAACGGCAGAAGAUUGUGAAUCACUGGAGAGAGUAACUUACCCUUUAAACACUCCAACAGGACAGCUAAAUUUCACCAACUGCUUGAAACUUGGUGAAGAAGCACAGAGAGUAAUUAUCCAACAGUCUCUUGUGAAGCACGCAUGCUUCCCUGGAAGUGUAAUGCCUAGUGAGUUUAAUCACAGAGCCAGAGGAAAUUCCUUGAAAAUUCUUGUUAAAUCUUCUGCAUCUUUCGCGUUUAAGGCUUGCGUCUUGAUUUCGCCUAGGCAGCUCCAAUGCGAAAGAAACCAAAGACGUGUAAAGAUACGGUGUCGUGUCACAGACGGAAGGGGACGGUUUGUUGGCAGUAAAGUUGUUUCUUUAGAACACCCUAACCAUUCUACCGGGAUUCGAACGAAACAUCUGUGUUUUUUUAAUGGUGUCUUGACUGAAGUUAGCUGCGAUGCAUUGUGUUUUGUAUUCAAAAUCAGCGCCUACAAUCCAUUGGACAACUACGAGAUUAGUGAAUGUGCGGUGCAAAUCUUGACGAACGAACCGGAGAGAAGAAGCUGCGACGGAGGCAGUGAAUGA